ACCGCAGCUCUUUAGAAAGGUUCGGAUGAACCAACAUGUUCGGAGUGCUUUGGUCGCAUGCUCGUGCCUAAGCCCCACGUACUGUUGCGACAGCGCGAACUUGGUGACCCGAAAGGCUCCCAGAAAUGGAUUCGCGCGAAGAUAGACGCUUGUGGGAAGGGAGAAAUACCUCGUGCAGCGGGCAACUACGCUGCCCAAGCCUCGGAGGUUGUGCUCUAGAAGAGGUAGGCCGAUGCUAUGGACGAGCCACCAACCGCAACGUCGUUCAGCCAAUGCUACAUAGAAUAUCAGACGUGGGUGGCAAUGUAUGAGGUGCUUACCGAAAGCCUCAGAGACUUCUACAAGAACGGCAAGCUGUCGAAAACCUCUACGCCAUACACCCACUUCCAUGGCGCGUAUUCCAUCGUUGCUGACUCGUCAGUAUCAAACAAGACGCGAUCGGCACUCGUUUCUCAGGAGCCUCGGAAAAUAGUGAAGUUGCCUCAUAGGUGGGUAUAAGUACUGC